UUCAGUUCAGCCAUUUCCUCUGAGGGUAAAAUUAGACUGAGGCAGCUAGAAGCAAACGGGAGAAAGAGAGAGUAAGAGAGAGUCAUGGACAAACUGAGGACAGGUGUGUUUAUACUGUUUGUGCUCGUGGUCCCUGUUUCUUGUAAAGAGGCUUUUUUCACUGAACCAGUCAUCUGCUACUUCCUGGAUGGGAUCCUGGUUGUGUACUGCAUUAUUGCCACUGCGUUGUACUUCAGAGAAAAGUAUUCCCACAGGCCAGCUGCAGUGUUUGAAGAAAAAAGUGGAAUCUACCAGGAGCUUCAGAGGCCAAAUGAUGCUGAUCCUUACCAGGUGCUUGAACCAGUAAAAAGAAAGAUAAAGGUUGGCAAGAAAAAGAAAUCUACGCAGUCAGCCCAACCUGAAGACAAGGAUAAAGAUCCCUAUGAAUCUUUGAACCCCAGUCCCCCGCCUCCACCUCUGUCUCCAUGCUGAGGUCCUGCAUGGUCACUGAAGAGACAGCAUUGUUUGAUACAGCUGCAAUAUUUGGCUAAUUGACUAAUAUGUCAAUCUAAAUGAUUAUAAUUGGCAUCUAUUAUGAUAACAAAUAGUCCUAUAUCAAUCAAAAAUGCUAAACCUGGAUCCAGCUUCUCAAAUCAGCUAUAAGGAUUUUCUGCUUUCGUUUUAUGUGAUAAAUAUUUUAUGGAUUAUGUUUUGGCAUGUUGGUUGGACAGAGCAUACAAUUUGAAGAUAUUACUGCCUUUUUCGUUAUUUUAUAUUUUCAUUUUAUAAACCAAAUGAAAACAAACUGAUGAAAAUAACUCUGCUGUAAGUUCCUAAACUCUUACAGUCAGACAGACCUUAAGCUUUUCAUUUUUGCUUUUGAAUAUCGUACACAAUUUAUGCAAAGGCAGCCUCUGCUUUGAGCCAAAUGCUAACGCGCUAAUGCUAACAACCACAAAGUCUAAGGCACUAUGCUAGCGUGUUAGCAUGAUAACCUUUGCUAAUUAGGUUACAUAUUAGCUAUUUUACUGUUAACCAGUAUAUACACUAUUUACAACACACUAUAAUGGAGUUACAAUAAGGAUAAGUUAUAAGGAAUAUCUUCAAGUAUUUAUCAGUACACAAUAUAAAAAUUAGGCUAUGACUUCUCUGAUGAAGACACUAGUCUACUAGUCAAAAGUUUGGAAAUUUCUGAGUGUAUUUUAUUUCAACUGUAUUUAUAGCAGCC